AUGGCUGACCUAGACGUUUCUCGCCUGAAUGCGAUGCACUCGCAUCUGUGGUAUGCGGGUCGAGCACGAUGCUGUCGAGCGCUUCAUCGGCAGCGAAUGAUUGACCGACAAAUCGUCAUUACCGAACAGGCCGAUCUACACAUGGUCUGGUAUGAGUCGCGCAUUCUCGUGAAACCUCUGCCUGAAUAUCUCUUGGAUCAUCAGUUCUGGGACAUGCAUAUUCGAGAUGUUCAUCUCCAUGCCUCCGCCUGUGGCUUUCUUCUCUCUUAUACAUGGCUCAUAAGCCACCCAAGUGACCUGAAUAUUGCACAUGAGCUAAACUUGAUCCCGGCCGAGGUCUCAUGGCAGGCGUGGACCGCAUUUGUCGACGACCUCCUCUCCAGCGUUGACUUUGAGCACUAUACCAAUGUCAACAAGCGUUAUCGAUAUGGCGAGCUCCGACUCCAUCGUCUAAGUACCAUCUACCGGCUCACCCACCUAUCAUUUCACGGCUUGCUCCGCGGCUACUUAUAUUUGCAUGACCAAUAUUCCGUCUUCUUCGGGCGGAAACUCGCUUGGUCGUUGGUGGCCUUCUUAUAUGUGAGUACGUUGCUCGCUGCUCUACAGCUCUGUCUGGCCACCGACCGUUUUCAGCAUAACCAGGACAUGCAAAACGCCUCUGUGGUUUUCGGUGUUUUCUCAAUUUUCUUACCGGCCGUGGUGGCGGGGUUAGCUUUUGGUUUCUUUGUUGUGAUCUACAUUAUGAAUUUCAUGCGGGCGCUUGGCUUUGGGAGGGGUUGGAGGGAUGGGAUGUAUAAUGACGAAUCACAGAGAUAA